AUGCCUGCAAACAACAGCAAGAUCUGGUCGGCUCAAGAACUAUCCACUUUCCUAACUAUAAUUGACAAUAGCGUUAUUCAGAGUGAACUUGAUGGAUCAGUGAGAAAUGAAAAGGUGUAUAAAGAUAUUUCUCAAGGGAUGGCAGCCGAGGGAUUUCAACAGACGUCGGUUCAGUGUAGGGCAAAGCUUAAGAAGCUAAAAGGCCAAUAUAAAAAAAUUAAGGAUGCCAACAGCCAUAGUGGAAACAGUCAAAGUACUUGGAGGUGGUACAACGCCAUGGACGCCAUCUACGGUCACAGGCCGGCAAACCAAGGCAGGGAGGGAGGUCUGGACUCGGUGUCUGCACUUCUCGAAUCCAUUAUAGAGCCCGUUAGUAAGUAUUUUUUCUACUUGGCAUUGGCGUUAGCUCUUCCAACCAUUAAAAAGAUCACUGCACAAAACCAUUUACUCUUUGCACAAAAAACACAUUUUAUUUGUACAAUGGAAUCAAACACAACACAUUUAUUUGUAAAGUGGAAUGAAAGGAAAGGGUAGGGUUUCAUUGUUUACUAGCUCGGCAUCCCAUUGUUUACUACCUGAUCCUAACUGCCAUUUAAGAUAGUUAACUGUUAACAUCAUGUAUUAUUCUUUUUGUUUGUGUAUCAAACUAGUGAUCUGUGCAUUUUCAGAUACAGUUAAGGGACUCUCCAAUGAUACCUCAACCUUUUCCGACGAUGGUCCAUCCACGUCGUUCAGUAGCGCCUGUACGAUGGCGUCAACACCGACCCAACCACAGAUUGCUCCCAAAGCACCCCGGCAUCAACACACUGGUAAUACAUGGUGAUCAAAGUGAUAGUUGUAAUUGUGCAUUUUCCUAACUUUUAAUUCACAUUAAACUGUGAACUCACUCAAAAUUCCUCUGUAUAGUUUAUGUUUGCAUGAUUAAACCCAUAAUCAUAAUUGUACAUUGUCUGUAUAUACUGCUAUUUAAUUUUCUUCAUUGUAUUUUGAGCUUCUCUUGUAUAUAUUGUGUUUAUUGAGUUUAUUUUAAUUUGUGUUUACACGGUUCUUAUGUGUUAUAUCUGUUCUUUAUUACAUUAUGUUAGCUAAUAUAUAUCUACCUAGUUUUUGUACCAUUGCUAAAAAAACACUAUUCUGGUCUUUUGUAUAUUCCAGGUGAUAGGAGAUGGUUGCUGGAUGUGCGCACAGUCAUGGAGGAGAUGCGGGCAGCAGAUGAAAGACAGCAGGAAAGAAUUGAGAGCCUUUCCGAGUGGCAGUUUCAGGCACUGCGUCCGAUGCCCACAAAGCGAGGCACCAGGAAGCAGAAAUCGCCCGUCAGCAGAUGGAGCAGUUGGCUACCUUCAAGCAGGCCUUCCUUGGUAUCCUUGGGCAGCUUGUUCAAGUGCUGGGAUCCCAUGCCACCGACAAGGCUGUAG